UCCUCACAUUUUUGGCCUGGUCAUCUUUUCCUACAGUGCAAUCCGUAUGGAUAACACAAUGGUGUUUGCGGAGACGGAAAGUCCAUUCACAGCACGUGCUAUAUAGAGCAGUAUUAAUGCGCAGGCGUCAGUCGGUAUUUGAAACCCCAUGCAGCUUUGCUUAGAAAGAGCUGUGCUGAAAAUACUACAGAAUCGGUCUUCUGUCAUCAAUAAUGAUAUACAGCCUAUGCAGGUGGGGAUACAUUUUGAGCAACCAUUGGCAUAAUUAGUCUAAAUGUGUGACGUGGGCUGUUAUCGUGUUGUGCUCGAGGUCUGCACCUGUUCACUAGGACACUGAAGCCCCCGGUGAGUGUUCCGUAUGCGUAGGGAAACCACUUUGUUUUGACAUUUUAAACCCUUUUACUUGCAUUAAUUACAUGGCGCGUUAUUUACAGUGAAGGCUGGUUUAGCUGUUACUAGGAGUUAUGCCAUCUAGACCCGUGAAUGGCUUUUUGUUCAGACCAGUGAUAUUCGGUGAAGAAGGCAAGAAGCUGAAGCCACGUCAAUAGUGUGGAGUUCCAACUGCGAUGUUCGGCCAGUCACCUCACGUUCUUGGAGGCAUCUUGUGGAUUCAGAAUCCAAUGAGAGCUGUCCACUGCAACCUGAGCCAGAAUGGGAUCGACCACCAGAUGAUGUGCCCGGACGACGUGACCUCACACCUGGAGGAUCAGCCCCUGGACCAAGGUGCCGUGCUGGACGACGACAGCCCCACCUAUCAGGCCGUGAGGCCCGGGCACCAGCGCCACUCACUGCCCCAGCGCUCCGUCUCCGAGUCAGAACUCUCCCGGCCGGGGAAUGUAAAGCUGUCCAAGCCAGUGGUCCUGUGGACCCAGCAGGACGUGUGCAAGUGGCUGAAGAAGCACUGCCCCAAGCAGCACCAGAUCUACAGUGACUCCUUCAAGCAGCAUGACAUCACAGGGCGGGCUCUGAUGAGAUUGACAGACAGGAAGCUGGAGCGAAUGGGCAUCAUGCAGGAGGGCCAACGGCAGUACAUCCUCCAGCAGGUCCUGCAGCUCCGCGUCAGAGAAGAGGUCCGCACCCUGCAGCUUCUCACGCAAGCCUCUCUGGAGGGAUCUCCGUAGCCCAGGCGUUCUUGGAAACCAGCUGCCAACAGGACCCGGUCUCCCUCCGAUCCUGGGCUUCCUACAUCUGACCCUUGACCUCCCCCCACCACCAAUCAAAGCCGUCCUAACCCCAAUCUCAUACCUAACUCCAAUCUUAAUCCGAACCUUGAUUUUUAACCCCAUGCUUAAUUUCAAACCUUCAAACAAGUCAAGUCAUUGGCCUGUCCAGUGACUUAUCACAGACAGACAAUCAUUUUCUUGCCUUUAACCAAGAGUUUCCACUACAUUUGUCCCUAUCCCAUCCCAACUCUCUUACCCCUUCUGAAUUACCACCAGGGCUCUAUUCUGAGAACAAGCAUCAAAAAUGUAUCCAUCCUCAAUUGACGAUCCCACUACAAGGACUGUGGAGAACGAUGAGAAAACAAACACGUCAAAGAUGGCGUCCACUUCCAACGACCUUCUCACUGUAUAGUAAAUCCUCCAGUGUAGAACAGACCUUAAGUGUGAAUAGUAACCCCACGAUACACCACCGAGCAGGUGUGUAUAACAUUCUAGUGACAACUAAUGGUGACUUUAGAGACAUUGGGUACACCAGCCUUCCUCUCUCUCGGUCCUCACUGACUAUAUCGCCAGAGCAGUGAGAGGGCGCUACAUUUUGCAUUCCCUUCCCCUCUCUGUCCCUCUUUUUCUGACUGAUUCUGUGCCCUGUCAGAGUUUGGGCUUGCCUGGUGAAAAUGACAUCUGUUGUCCCGUUUUGUCUUUUCCUCGCACCUUUCCCCUCCUUCACUCUGUGGGUCGCUUUCUCAGCGCGGGUCAGCAAGCCUUCACUGUGAAUACGUCCAGGUGUGGCAUGAAGCGGUAGAACCUGGCAAACCAAAAGGUACUAAAUGUGAUGGUGAAAAGACCUGGCAAACUAAAAGGUACUAAAUGUGAUGGUGAAAAGACCUGGCAAACCAAAAGGUACUAAAUGUGAUGGUGAAAAGACCUGGCAAACCAAAAGGUACUAAAUGUGAUGGUGAAAAGACCUGGCAAACUAAAAGGUACUAAAUGUGAUGGUGAAAAGACCUGGCAAACCAAAAGGUACUAAAUGUGAUGGUGAAAAGACCUGGCAAACCAAAAGGUACUAAAUGUGAUGGUGAAAAGACCUGGCAAACCAAAAGGUACUAAAUGUGAUGGUGAAAAGACCUGGCAAAACAAAAGGUACUAAAUGUGAUCGUCAAAAGACCUGGCAACAUAAAUGGACCAGGCUAUGGUAUUGCGAGGACCUGGCUAAAGUGCUUUUUGAGCCAGGGAAAAUGAAAUGACGGGUAACCUACAUGGGACAAUUGGUUGGUUGAGGAUAUGGUUGAGGGAGAGAACGAGGCAAGUACUUCUCUACUGAGGAUGAAGAAGAAGAUUCUCUCACAUAUCUCACUGCUUGAGACUAUUUUUAGAUAUGAGGUAUAUUGAAAAUAGUGUAGAAAGGAAAAUGUACCAUGGGUUAAAAAAACCAUAUCAUCCAAAUGUCUGUCAAGUCUCAGAGAGACGUGGUAUGUAAUCUCUCGGGUACUGUUUUUAUGAGAAACUAACUCUUUGCUGUGACUGUUCAUGUGAAAUGGCCAUUCGCUGGUGAUAUAAAGGCAUUUUACCGGUCAUGCCAACAAACCUGUUGCUUGGGCCAUCGUGACCUAUAUGUGUGUUUUCACACCUUGUAGCCAGUAAUGAACUUUAACUAAAGCCAGUAUGCUGGAGUGAUUCCUAUUACCCAUGUAUCACUACCAGUGGAGCAUGACCUAUUGUUACCAUCACGACAACCUCCUCCCUGUGAAUAUGAAUAAAUGGGGAUUGAAAAAAAUUGAAAUGGCCACCAAGAAACCAAAGGGAGAGAAUUCCAGCCCUGGAGAGCCUUUGAAUUUAAUUGCAACAUUGGGUCUUGUGUGUUACGAGUGUCCAUUGUUUGGUUUGGAGCUUGCCUUAUGCUCUCUAGUGGUUGGUUGGCCCAGUAGUAGCAGAUUAGUAUUGAUUAAACCUUCAGGACUGCGUUGCCCUCCAGGCCUGGAAUAGCCCAAUCCCUGACAUUGGAGAGGUAAGGAAUGCUGAUACUUGGUCACAUGGGAUGAAGUUGUCCAUAUCAAAAUACAAGUGGCUAUUUCAUGCUUCGGUGGAGCUCUGGUGUCAGUGUCUAUCUUGGACUGUGUGGGCUGCCUGCCCUGCCUGGCUGCUUCCAGUCUAGAAGGCUGGCGCUCUGAUUUCACAUCAUCUGGAUGUCAAUAGCCAAACUGGGAGGAGCGGUCUACAGAGUUAACACAAGGCAGUGUUUUGUUGAGGACAGUAUUGAAUUCAGUGUUUGGGUAAGGGAAAAACCCUCCUGCAACUGUAACAUGUCAGGAUGGAGCAGCCCCACCAUAACUUGGCUUGGUGGGGUGUUUUGGGGAAGGGAAGUAUGAUUACUUUGUGUGCCGUAGCCAACCAUGUGACUUUCAAGGCAUUUCGAACCUGGGUCGUGUUCAUUAGGGAAUACCAUAACAAAACGUUUUGCAACAGAAAACAAAAACGAUCGUUUCUUAUUGGACGAGUCCAGGUAGUCCCUCCCUGUUUGUCUGUUUUCUCCUGUUUGGUUCCUAAUGAACACGACCGUGCCAGUUCUGCCAAGGUGCCCGAGGACUUGCCUGAACUGGCUCUUUCCACAAUCUCCUGAUUUAUUUUUUUAGGCAUUUGGAAUUUUUUCAUUGGCACUUUACUAGUACACUGUUACACACAAUAAACCUUAUACUGAGCCUCGCAAGAAAAACAUGCAUGCAAAUAGAAGCAGACAUACAAGGAAUUGUGUCACUACACAUAGUCAGACAUUACAUUCACAGGUGUAUAUGCAUCCAUCACGUUCUCAUUAUUCAUGAGUCAUUCAGUAUCGUGGUAGCAUCCACAUUAGUGUAGAAGUGUUCUUAUUUACAUUUUUAUUCAACUAGGCAAGUCCGUUAAGAACAAUGACGGCCUACACCGGCCAAACCCGGGCGCCGCUGGGCCAAUUGUGCGGCG